AUGGCGUCGUCGAACGAAGCGAGAGUUACCAAUGUAAAAGUUAGUGAAAAUCGUGAUUUCGUUGACGAUUACUGUGGCUCCAAUAGCUUAGGAGAUGCCGGCGAAGGUGCUAAGCGUCGUCGUACAGCAUACGACUGCAAAACUGUGUCUCAACAGGGAUGCGGGACAAGUGUGUCAACUGAUCUAAAACAUACACCAUCAUCUGAAACCAAAGGUAAAAAGCGCAAGCUCAGCGAAUCAUCAAAAGAGCUAUGUGUGUGGGGCGAAAACGCUCGACCGUCGAAACAGAGCAAGAUAUGGCCAGUGUUCGACUCCGGAGGGUACGGCAACGGAGCUGUAAUGAAGCUCAAUGUCCUCAAGAAGACACCCCCCAUCAAGAACCCCUUACUCUUCCACACCACCUGCAACGAGGACAUUGAACUCUCAGAGAUCAACCGCGACCCCUUCAAAGCAGACUGGUUCGGCGGCCUCCACGCCUGGUGGAAGCAAACCCAGAUGUCCAACAAAAUGGCUGAUGAUGACGUCACAAAGAAGAUCUUUUCUUCAGUCUCCCGUCAACUGAGAAUCAUCAACACCCAUUUUCAAAAGUCCAUGUUUAAAUACAAGUAUCCAAGGGUCACAAGACAGAAUGUCCUUUUAGAGAACUCCUCGGGGAUUCGAAGACCAGCUACUCAUUUUAACUUGACAUUGAAAGCUAUCAGGUUCCAGUGCAAUCCUCGGAGAGAGUUGCCCUGCUAUGGCAAUCUGGAACUGCCCCUGAAGAUGAAGCAAGAGAGUGUGAACUCGCAAGUGUUUCCUGCUAUAAGAAGUGUUAAGAGUGAGACAGUGAGUGACGUGAAGGUUAAAGUAGAGAAGGAAAGGGACAGGGAGAAGGAGAAGGAGCGAGAACGGGAUAGGUCAUCCCACCGUCACUCCUCCUCAUCAUCGUCGUCGUCGUCCUCCUGCCACCACUGCCGGCGCCGCGCCCGUAUCAAGCGAUGCUCCAUCGGCGUCCAGUGCCGCAGAGACAGGGCCGCCGGGGCACCUCUACCCAAUGAUAGCUGGGGACCUCUUGCUGAGACACCCACUGUCAAGGAACUAAAGUAUCACCGACUGAUGCGAGUGGAGACGCAUCCCAACGGCGGAGCGAGCGUGGUGUACCUGCACCAGCGCGACGUGGACAUGCUCAGCGCGCCGCAACAGGAGGCACUCGCUAAGGAGUUCUUGAAGCUGGUAUUCUCAGAAGACAGUGCAGGGUGGGCGCACUUUGUAUGCGGCGUGGUGCGUGGCGCGGCGGGCGCCUUCCCCUGCCUGCUGCAGUAUCUGGCGUCGGCGCAUCCCACGCUUACCGUGAAGGCCGGAGUGUUAGCUCGGGCUUCUGAUAUUGAGACUACUACCGUCAGCCGAUAUUAUCAACAGGUGCAACAGUCGUACGCGGCGGGUACGUUCCGCUGCGGCCCCCUGCACCAGAUCUCCCUGGUGGGCACCGUGCACGAGGAGGUCGGCGGAUACUUCCCCGACAUGCUCGACAUGCUCGCCACAUGCCCCUUUCUUAAUAUGACAAUGCCGUGGGGUCCAAUGUCAGCAGUGGAGAUGGAGCCGCAGGAAUCCAACGAUGGACCCAUUCUAUGGAUCCGACCUGGGGAACAACUUGUACCCACUGCUGAACUUGGGAAGAGUCCCAUUAAGAAGAGGAGGACGGGUAUAAACGAGCUCCGCAACCUCCAGUACCUGCCGCGCUGGAGCGAGGCGCGGGAGUUCCUGUUCGAGGAUCGAACCCGCGCACACGCAGACCAUGUCGGACACGGACUCGACAGGAUCACCACUGCUGCAGUUGGCGUACUAAAAGCGAUCCACUGCGGCGACGAGUCGGACCGCGGCCGUAUAACGAAGGACGUCGUGGCGUUCCACGCCGCAGACUUCAACAAACUGGUGCAGCUCCUACAGCUCGAUCUCUACGAGCCUCCCAUCUCUCAGUGUGUCACCUGGUUGGAAGAAGCGAAGUUGAACCAGCUCCGUCGUGAAGGCGUGCGCUACUCUCGCCUGCCGCUGUGCUCCGACGACAUCUACUUCCUGCCGCGGAACAUCAUUCACCAGUUCCGGACCGUGUCUGCUGUCACCUCUGUCGCAUGGCAUUUACGCCUGAAGCAGUACUACCCUACAUCGGAGGCUUCCUCCCCGGCUGACGAGCGACCCGCAGACCCUGUACCUGUCACCAUCAACCAUACUACGACUACGGAGCCCAAAAAGUCAGCUAAACACAAAGCCGGUGUCAUCGAGAUGCGGGCACUGAGCGCAAAGUUCCACCAAAAACUAAAUCAGAAGUCGGCACUGAAAGUCGCACCCAACAGGAAGAGCGUCGAAACACAAGUCAAGAGCACUGACAAGAAAACAGACACAAAGUCUGACAAACAAGACACAAACAAAUCAGACAAAAUUGAAGCCAAAUCUGAAAAGUCAGAACCAAAAGUCGAAAAAACAGAAUCCAAAGUUGAUAAAUCAGAACCCAAGUCUGACAAAUUAGAUGGUAAGCCUGAUAAAAACGAUUUGAAAGCUGAAAAGACUGAUUUAAAGACACCCGAGAAAAUUGAGCCCAAAGCUGAGAAAACUGAUAUCAAAGAAAAACCUGACAAAGUUGAUCAAAAGUCUGACAAGUUGGACAAAUCAGAUAAAAUUGAGCAGAGGAUAGAAAAAUCAGAAAUUAAGCAUGAAACCCCAGAUAAAGACAAAACUAGACCAGAGAAAACUGAAAUCAAAACUGAAAAAACAGACUCGAAAUCUGACAAAAUCGACACAAAGUCAGAUAGAACAGAUAAAUCUGACAAGAACCACAGGCACAAGGAUUCUGACAAACAUCGUUCUGACCGUUCGGAGAGGUCGGAUAAGACAGACAUAAGGCACGAGAGGUCUGAGAAGGAUAGAUCAGACCACCACCGCCGUCGCUCGUCAUCGUCCCGUCACAAAUCGUCUCAUCAUAAGUCAGACCGACCGAGGGAACAUAAGAAAGAGCACAGGAGUUCAGACGAGAGGAGAAAUGAGAAACACAGAGACCGGUCUGACAGUAGUAGGGAUAAGUCGGACAAGAUGCCCGACAGCGGGAAGUUACCAGUGGAUGUAGUUCAGCGACCACCAGAUUAG